AUGCAAGCCCCCGUGGUGGUAAUGAACACCAACAGUGGUGAGCGACAGACGGGUCGCAAGGCUCAGAUGUCCAACAUCGCUGCCGCCAAGACCGUCGCCGAUAUUAUCCGUUCCUGCCUGGGCCCCAAGGCCAUGUUGAAGAUGUUGCUGGAUCCCAUGGGCGGUAUUGUCCUGACUAACGAUGGUCACGCAAUCCUCAGAGAGAUCGAGGUGUCUCACCCGGCAGCCAAGAGCAUGAUUGAACUCAGCCGAACGCAAGACGAGGAGGUCGGUGACGGUACCACGACCGUCAUCAUUCUGGCCGGCGAGAUGCUCGCCCAGUCCCUACCCCAGCUCGAGCGCAACAUCCACCCCGUCCAGAUUAUUGCCGCCUUCAAACGUGCGUUGAAGGACGCCCUUGAGAUUGUCGAGGAGAUUUCCACCCCCAUCGACACCACCGACGACAAGGCCAUGUACAGCCUCAUCUCCUCCUCCAUCGGUACCAAGUUUGUGUCCCGGUGGUCCGACCUUAUGUGCGAGCUCGCCUUGAAGGCCGUUCGCACCGUCACUUGGGAGCCUGGCAAUGGCAACAAGGAGGUCGACAUUAAGCGCUACGCCCGUAUCGAGAAGGUCCCUGGUGGCGAGAUUGAGGACAGCAGGGUGCUGGACGGCGUCAUGGUCAACAAGGAUAUUACGCACCCCAAGAUGCGCAGGAGAAUAGAGAACCCGAGGAUCGUGCUGCUCGACUGCCCGCUCGAGUACAAGAAGGGCGAGUCGCAAACGAACAUUGAGAUCUCCAAGGAGGAGGACUGGAACCGUAUCUUGCAGAUUGAGGAGGAGCAGGUCAAGGCCAUGUGCGACUCGAUUUUGGCGCUCAAGCCUGACCUCGUCAUCACUGAGAAGGGGGUCUCGGACCUGGCACAGCACUACCUCGUCAAGGCCAACGUUACGCCCUGCGGCGACAAAGAGUUCGGCUCAACGCUUGCGGAUCGUGCUCAUGCCGGAAACGCUCACGGAUCUGACCCGGAUGAACGUGUUCAGUGGGGCGACCUAGCUCCGACCCGGGAACGCCGGUGCCAGCCCGUGCGCGUGCUGACGGACCUGCGUGCCAAGCACGCCGAGGGCAAGACGUCGUGGGGCAUCAACGGCGAUGAAGGUGUCAUUGUGGACAUGCACCAGUACGGCGUCUGGGAGCCGCAGGCUAUCAAGCUGCAGAGUAUCAAGACGGCCAUCGAGUCUGCCUGCCUGCUUCUCCGCGUCGACGACAUUUGCAGCGCGAGGAAGGGCGCACAACCGGGCCAGGGCGGAGGCGGUGAGGAAUAA